UAUUCUCUCGGAUUUCCACGUCGCCUGCAGCAACUCACCACCACCACCGCGGACGGUAGACUGUAGCACGAGAGAGAAAUCUAUAGCUCGUCAGGCAUGGCGGCUGCCGUGGCGCUGACCCCGGCCUCUCCUGCGCUCCUCCCCUCCUUCCGCGGCCGCCGCGAUGGCCGGGUGCGCCUCUCGGCCCGCCGCCCCCGCUACUCAGGGAGCUGCAGGGCCAUGGCGCAGACCUUCCAGGGGGGGCCCGCCGCCAGCUACGCCCGCGAGAUGGAGCGCCUCUCCGCCAAGGAGUCGCUCCUCCUAGCCUUUAAAGAUGCUGGGGGAUUUGAGGCCUUGGUUAGCGGUAAGACCACGGAGAUGCAGCGGAUCGAUGUCAAUGAGCGGAUCGUAGGACUUGAACGGCUGAACCCCACGCCACGCCCCACAACAUCGCCCUUCCUGGAAGGUCGAUGGAACUUUGAAUGGUUUGGUGACAGCAGUCCUGGAGCAUUUGCGGCCCGACUUUUGUUUGAGAGAUCACCUACAACUGUUGCACACUUUAUGGGACUUGACGUGUUGAUCAAGGAUGGAUACACCAAAAUCUCAUCUAACCUCAAGUUCUUAAAUACGAUACAAAGCAAAUUCCUUCUGACCACACAAUUAUCUGUCGAGGGCCCUGUCAGGAUGAAAGAGGAAUAUGUUGAGGGCCUUAUAGAGAUUCCCAAAAUUAGUGAAGAAACAUUGCCUGAGCAAUUAAAGAGCUUGCUUGGGCAGACUGCAGGAGCUCUGCAACAACUUCCUAGCCCUAUAAGGGAUGCUGUUUCAGAGGGGCUUAAAUUGCCACUUAGUGGAACGUUUCAACGCUUAUUCAUGAUCUCUUACUUGGAUGAAGAAAUACUGAUUAUCAGAGAUGCUGCUGGAGCACCUGAUGUCUUAACCAGACUGGAGGGGCCACAACCAAAUCCAAUUGAUGGCGCAGCAGAUGCAGUGAUAUCAGAAUAUGAAAGCUAAUGCCUCGGCACUAACCGAACUGCACCCAUAGCUCUUGUUUAUGGUUCUUUUCUUCUUCUUUUUUGGUUAUUGUCUGUCUUGCACAUACAAGCUCUAGUGCACGUUGACAAAUACUUGAAUAUUCUUACUCACGUUCAUUUCAGCUAUUCUAAGUGCAAUCAACUCUAAAUGUCCAUCAGUAGUUCAUGAAGUAAGGUGCUGCCUUUUAAGUUCA